GACACAGCCCUUGCGGUGCCAUGUGAAUUGUGAUGGAUGAGAAGUUGCCGCCACAACCAGAGCCAGUGGCUCAACUGGAUCUUCUUUGUAUCUUCGGUGGUAUGGGUUGCUGGUACUUUGCCAAGGAGCAGUUGGGCGAGUCCUGGGCCUUGAAGAUCCUGCCGCGGAGAGCCUGGGCCGUGCAGCUCUGUGGUGCCGCGCUGAUGGCAGGAAGCGUGUCCUUGAGGACGUCCUCCAUGGAACGUUUCCGUGUGCACCGCACGCCUUUGACACACCAGCAGCCGUCCCAAGUGCUAGUGACGGAUGGACCGUUUGAAUGGUCGAGAAAUCCCAUGUACCUGAGUAUGUUGGGCAACAUAGGUUCGGUGGGCCUGAUGGCCAACACCUGGUGGUGCCUUGCAGCCAUGCUGCCCUUCGCGGCGUAUCUGAACUUCUGCAUCGUUCCGGCGGAAGAAAUCUAUCUGCGGGCGAGAUUUGGUUCGAGCUAUGAGGGCUACAUGCAGCGGACUCCACGAUGGUUGGUGUAAAAA